CUGAAAUGAUAUAAAACGACAUAAGGGCCCUCACACCUCCACUGCUAUUUCCAUACCUUUCAACCUUUCCUCUCCCUCUCAUAAAUCCCCCCUUUCUAUCUCCAUACCCUUUCUAUCCCCAGAUAACAUUGUUUUAUUUUGUAAAAAAUAAAAUAAAACAAAUUAUUGCCACUGUUUUAUUGAAUUAAAUUAUUGCACAACCAACCAUUUCCCCCCACCACGACGCCGUUUUGGACCUCUCCAUAAGGUAAUAUGGCUCUAUAUAAUCCGCACUUACUAUCAUCCUUUUCUCAUCUCAUUUCCUACAGAUUUUUCUUAUCAACAUUUAUUUUUACUUUUCUGUUUCAUUUAAUCCGAUAACGUUGAAUCAGAUUCAAUCGAAGAUACUGUAAUGGCGGAGCAGCCUUCGAUAUCGAAUUCCGUCACGAACCCCCACCCGCCUCGCAAGAAGCGAAGAACAACCGGGUCGAAUUCUCCCUCCGGGUCGAGAUGGAAGACCGCGGACGAGCAGCGGAUCUACUCGUCGAGGCUGGCCGACGCGCUUCGGUCCCUCCGCCGCUCGGAUUCCACCGUCGUCGCCGUCCGGGAUGCCGCCGACCGGGUCCUGGCCGUCUCCGCCAGGGGCAGGACACGCUGGAGCCGGGCGCUGAUGACCCGCCGGCUCGGCCUCCGGCUUUCUCAGAUAAGGAGGAAGCACAGGCGGGCCGCUAGACCGGACGCCGGGCCAAGAAAACCGGCGGCCCAAGUUAAACUACCUCCGCCGCUGCAGAGGAAAGUACGGGCCUUGGGCGGGUUGGUCCCCGGCUGCCGGAAGCUUUCCCUCCCGAGCCUUUUAGAAGAGACGGCCGAUUAUAUUGCCGCCCUGGAAAUGCAAGUCAAAGCUAUGGCGUUUAUCGCCGGCGUUAUUGACCGUGGCGUAGGAAUGUCGUCGGUAGAUUGAAUCCCCAUUUCCUUGCAUAAGGCAUCACCAGUCCUUCAGUGAGUCUUUGUCUUUUUUGCAUCUUCUUUCACCUUAUUUCUAUUACCUUUUCUUUUCUGUUUUGUUUGGAUCGGGUUUGCAGAUUAGGGCUCUUGAUAUAUUCAUCAUACUAUAUGGAAGAAGGCGAGGAUAUUGUUCAUAACUAGGGUCCUUUCACUUGUCGGAAAAGGAAGCAAAUAUUAUCCCGAUUGAGAAUGAAGAUGUUCAGCCGGGGUCGGAGGCAUGUCAGAAAAGCCUUUUCGGAUAAAUCAUUGGUCAGAAAACAGCCCACCUAGCAGGAAUCAGACGCACGAUUAACCUAAUUUGGCAGAUUAAAGGUACAGUAAGCAUCAGCUCCAACUUUUUCCAAUUUAUAUUCUAGGAUGUGGAAGAUAAACAAAAAGUGGCAAAAGGAGCUUCGAAAAUCAGUCGCUCAUUGGGAGGAAGACCUAUCACCAGAACAUCCAAUUUUCAAUGAAUUGGAUGUAUGGGUCCAAAUUUGGAAUAUUCCAGUCAACUGAAGAGGUGGGCAUGAAGGAGGAUUCCUAGCUGGAAAAUGCAUCAGAAUUCUAGAUGUGCUAGCAUCCAACUGGGAAGUAAGAAAGUUAUUGUUGAUUUCAAGUAUGAGAAGUUGCCAAAUGUCUGUCAUUAUUGUGGAAGGCUAGGCCAUUUUGAUAGAUCCUGCGAGAAGAGAGAAACAGAUAUUGCUGAAGGAAAAUUGACUAAAGGGAUGUUUGGAGACUGGAUCAGAGUUCAAGACUCUUUCACCAUCUUCCCCACAGUUCAGUGGAACCUCGGAACCCCCAAAAACCAACAAUGCUAAUGGCAAGCAAUCUUCUGAAACCAGUAAUAACCCUACCCCUUCUCAACCCAACAUCACCACUCCAAAUCAAAAAACAACAGAUAGCCCUCACACACUUUCGCAAACCUCAGCACCAAACUCAACUCCCACCACACUACCUACCACAUUUCCCACAAUAACUCCUCUAGCCAGCAAAGAACCUACCCCAAUACAAAUGGAAACUGAAGAGCCAUACUCACAAUUACAUCCCACAGCACCAGGCCAACCCUGGCCUCUACUCAUCACUCUCGCCCCUCAUCCUGUUAGCCAAACACCUUCACCAGCUGAACCAUCUAUCCCGGCUAAAAAAGGCUGGAGAAGAAAAUAUCAAAAUAAAACACAGAUAAACCCAGAUUCCAUUCCAGCCAUAGCUGCCAGAGGGAAAAGGCAAUUAUCCAUUCAGGAACCACUGCAAAUAUCAGAGGAGCUUCAUCAGUCCAAUAAACAGAAAGCAGAUUCAAUGGAGGUGAGAGAGGCCAGCCUUAAAUGGUCGCACCCAGAUCUCAUUCAUUUGGAAUUGUAGAGGGUUGGGUGGGCCCUCUACAAUUUCCCAACUCAAGGAGAUGUGGAAACUCCACCACCCAAUUUUGGUAUUUUUAGCUGAAACCAAAAAUAAUUCUCAUUUUGUAAAUACUGUUAGUAGGUCUAUGGGCAUAGAAGGGAAUUGGGCAACAGUAGAACCUCAAGGUAGGAGUGUAGGAUUAGCUUUAUUUUGAAGGGAUUCUAUAUAUAUAUAUUAAGCAGAUUAUUAAUCUUAGUUUUUGUAUUCAAGUUGAAUUUUGGGAUCCAAUGAAAGCUUGCAAUGUGUGGGGAGUUUUUGUGUAUCUUAGUACAGAUCAGAGGAUUAGGAUACUUCAAUGGGACUGUCUGGUUAUGGAGAGUGGGAAAUGGGAGCUUGGAAUGAUGUUCUCCAAGCAGCUGACAAGAGAGGGGGUAGAAGUAGGGCUGAAAGUUCAAUGCUUCCUUUCAAAGAGUUUGUGGGGCAAAUGGGAAUGCAAGAAUUUGGGUGGAAGGGUUACCAAUAUACUUGGGGGAACAAUAGAAUUGGGGAGGGAUUUGUAGAGGAAAAAAUUGAUAGAAUAUUUG